AUGAGUGAGCUGUCGGAAGAAGUGUUCGUGAGACUUAUGCCGGCUCAGGAUCAUGUGGAUGUUGAUAUGAUUGAUGCCCCUGCAGCAUUCAAUGGUAAUUCGAACCACGCUGCUCCGCUCCAAGCAUCAACCCAUAUGACAGAAUCAACGUUUGUAGAUCAAAGCGAGCCUUCUAUUGCUGUUAUUACACCACCAGUGGACACACCGUCCAAGUUCAUCAUCGCUGUGGAUUUUGGGACCACUUUCUCCAAGGUUGCAUUUGUCUGCGUUGAUCCUGAAAUGCGAACGCGACUGAUAGGGCCCGAUUCAAUCCACUGCAUCGAUCACUAUCCAGAUAUACCAAUUGGGAUAUCAGCGAACGCCUUCACCACCAAUACGUCCAUACCAACAGAGCUAUGGUAUCCUUUGCCAAAAGCCAGAGUCGGCCCAAGCAGUUUGCCAGAACCUAUCCCAGUUGAUGACGAUUCCGACAGUUCCCUUGAACGAGAAUGGGCAUCAUCGACGAAGGAGGACUCCGAAGUCAAAGACUUUCAACCAUCAACGACACAACCCACGAGAUUGGUCCGCCCAGCACAAGUCUGGGGUUACGCAGUUCAAAACAAGAUUGUGCAAAAUGAGGGAGAUUCUGUCGACUCCAGGCAUAUCACACGCUUCAAGUUAAUGCUGGAUGAGUCGGAUGUAACCCAAACCAUCCGACAGGCGAUCUUAAAUGAUGUGAAAACACUCAAAUCAGCGAAAAUCAUCACUCAGCCUGUUGAUCUCAUUACCGACUACCUUACACAACUAUUCCAGCACACAAAAUCACAACUGGAACAAUCUCACGCUCUUCGCGAAGACAGCUCUAUCGAGCUUGUGCUGUGUGUGCCUACUUUGUGGAGCGAAAAGGCAUGCCGUACGAUGCAGAUUGCGAUUGCCCGAGCUCUAGAGGCUUCUACACUGGCAAAAACGGAGCAGGGGAGCGUUGACAAUCUCUUUCUGGUGACCGAACCCGAAGCAGCAGCAGCUUUUGCCUUAUCCGGUAGUCGGUCUUUGACUCACAAGCGCGAUACGAUUCAAAUUCUUGACUGUGGAGGUGGCACGGUUGACGCUAUCACUUAUACUGUGACGCAGACCAAUCCAUUACGUUUACGGGAGGUUGUGCCUCCAAAAGGGGGCACCUUUGGAUCAAGUUUCCUGAAUGAGAGGCUGACAACCCUUCUAAGCACUCGAUUAUCAGGUGUUGAGUUACUGGGCAACAGUGGAUCGCUGGAUAGUAUUAUCAGAGCUGCGGUCGUGAACUGGGAGAACGGUAUCAAGCGAAAAAUAGAUGUUACAAAUAAGGAUCAGUACAUUGAUUCAAUACAGAUUUACGGGCUUAGGGCUGACCCAGCCCGGAGGUUCGCCAAAAAUCGGGUUUUGCUUGACAGGAAAGAACUCAAAGACAUAUUCAGGGAUUCUCUAAUGGGAAUUACGGAUAUCAUGCGAGGUCAACUUCGAGCAGCUGACGAUAAGGAGCUUACUGUUUCGAGAGUACUUCUCAUUGGUGGCUUCGGGCAAUCUCCUUCUCUUAAAUCACAUCUCGAGAAAGUCCUGUACAAAGAAAGGAACUAUCAGGACCUACCAAUCCAACUUGAAAGGCCAGAUUAUGUCGAUUCCGCCGUUGCGCGAGGCGCCGUUCUCAGAGCACUGCGUAAGGAGGAUGGACCUAUCAGGAUCACUAGAACGAGCUAUGGCGUCCUCCACAGUGAAUACUACAACAAGAGCGACCCGAAGCAUCAAGGCUUGAGAGGAACAAGAGAUCCUGCAGAUGGCCAACUUUACAUCAAGGACACUAUCAACUGGCUAAUCUUCAAGGUCACAGGACGACGUGUUGCCAGCAAGACACGAGAAAUGCGUGCCGAAGAAGCUGGGAGGAUCAUCGUGGACUUAACACCACUCAAGGCAGAGAACAAGAUCCAGCCCGAACGAUUCCAUGGUCCUGGCGAUAAGGUGUACGAGUUUUACGAGGUCGAGUUCGAUCUCUGGUUGAUUGUUGAAGGCCGAAAUCUGCGAUUUGAAGCCCGUUCCCCACAGGAGCCACAUUCUGUUGAAGCCUCUGCGCAAUUUUCCAUCGCUGCAGGUUUUGUCCCUGGCACGGUUUAG